CACGCGGCGGGCAGCGUCAGUGCGCCUCGGACCGCGGGUUGGGUCACAUCUGACAGUAGUUGGCGCGAGCGUCCCGUAGUGGUGGUGGCUGUUGCUGCUGCUGCUGCUCUCUCUCAGCUGAGGCGGUGCGGCCUGUCUGGGACCUUCAUGCUCGCUCCCUCGCCGUUCCCCGCAAAUCCCUUACCUCCCUCGCCUCCGUCAUGACCCAGCAGGGCCCAUAACACUCUAUGUCAAGCAUGCGAAGACUCGAAAAUUUGCUCAAUUUGAUACCGACAUCCUGCGGACCAUAUAUUUUCUUAUGAUUUACAGCUUCCUCCACUCCUCUUCCUCCUCCCUUCCCGGAUGCAGCUCAGAGCUCCGCGGCACGCUGAAUAGCAGGGCUGCGGACCGUCACGUGAUACAUAUCGCGCGGGUGAAGUGAGGCUCGGAACCUGCUGUUGUGCUGCCAAACAGUGACCGCUUUGAACCAGAACAAAACUGAAACACGAACCGGAAACGUGUUGCAGGAGGAGAGAGCUGGAGCCCAGGAGACGCUAUAUCAUGUCUCCUUCACCUCUUACAUUAUCAGCUACACAUAUCUGCUACACACGCCAGGCUUCCAGUAGUGCUUAGACAACUUAUAUCGCCUUCACUGCGUUAGUGUGUGAGUGUGCGUGCGUCAGCCUUACUGCCCACUACCCUUCACACAGGAUCAUGAGGACAACUUCCGUACCUCGGCUGCCGCUGCUGCUGCUGCUUGCCCUCGUCUGGCCAGGUGGCGCCGGUGGGGUACGCAUCACGGAGUUGGACGUGCCCGCCGUGGCCCUCGAGGGGGAUGACGUGCACCUCCGCUGUGACUACGAGGACGAGGGUGGUUCCAGCCUCUACACACUCAAAUGGUACAAGGACGACCAGGAGUUCUUCAGACACCAGCCAGGACGCGCCCCCAGGGAGGGAGACGACCACUGCCGCGACCACCACCUCUACCACGUGGAUGGCGUUACUGUGGACUGCUGGGUGUCCACGGAGCGGGACGUGGUGCUGCAGAGCGUGACGAAGGCCACCUCAGGGGACUACCAGUGUGAAGUGAUCGGCGAACACCCCAAGUUCAGAAAGGAGACUCGAAGGGCACGACUCACGAUCUUCUCUGAGGAUCUCCGGGCGCCCCUCCUGCUGGGCGCCGAAGAGUCCUAUUCCCUGAUGGACUAUGUGACUCUCAACUGCUCGUCCCUCAACACAGAGUACAUGCCAGAACUUACCUGGCUUAUCAACAACCGCCCCGUCAACCAGAGCAUGGUAAGGGAGGUGGAUUCCAGGACAGCAGGACUCGUGUUCCAGGUGCGCCCGGAACACUUCCAGCGCGGUGAGAUCAACGUUGCCUGCGUCACCUCACUCGGGCCCCGGCACAAGAUGUCUACUCCGGUGCAGCUCCCCAAUCGUGAUGGUCCCAGUGUUAAGGGAUAUUUCUUCAACACAGGUCACCGAAUGGAGGCCAGCGGUGCCCUGUUCAUCCUCGCCACCCUGUCCCAGCUCCGCACCCCUCGCUAGCCCCGCCCUCUAAGAGACUAUUUGUACACCCUCACCCUCUCCCUCUCGCUCACCAUGUAUAUGUGUAAAUAAAUGUUUUAAAAUGUAC